CUUCAUUCAAAGUGGCUCCUCUCAGCAUAAAACCAUUCAAAGCACACCUCACUGUUUCGCGGCCAGAGGCGCAUUAAACAUUGCAGAUCACCUGAAUAAAUAAGAUGAAGCUGCGGUGGGGUUGGACGUGUCUUUUGCUGCUGUGUCUCGCCAUGGUAACGUGGUCCCAAGAGGAAGAGCUGGACGAUGAGGAGGAGGUGCAAAUGGAGGACGAGGAGAUGGAUUCGGAGGCGGAUGACAGCAGUGAAGUAAAAGCUGAUGCUAAUGUGUCCUUUCAGGUGACGUAUAAGACCCCUGUACCGACUGGAGAAGUUUUCUUCUCUGAGACAUUCGAUGAUGGAUCUCUCAGCAGAUGGAUGAAAUCAAAAACAAUGAAGGAAGAUGCUGAUGAGGAUACUGCUAAGUAUGAUGGAAAGUGGGAGAUCGAGGCCCUGAAAGAGAACAAAGUGCCUGGUGAUCUAGGCAUGGUUCUGAAGUCCCGCGCGAAGCACCAUGCCAUUUCAUCUCUUUUGAACAAACCUUACAUCUUCAAGGACAGGCCACUCGUGGUCCAGUAUGAGGUCAAUUUUCAGGAUGGCAUUGACUGCGGGGGUGCCUACAUCAAACUACUCUCUGACUCUCCUGACUUGGAUUUGGAGCAGUUUCAUGAUCGCACACCGUACAGUAUUAUGUUUGGACCAGAUAAGUGUGGAGAGGACUACAAACUUCACUUCAUCUUCAGGCACAAGAACCCUCUGAACAGAGAUUUUGAAGAGAAACAUGCCAAGCGAGCAGACACUGACCUCAGGAAGGUGUACUCUGACAAGAAGACUCAUCUCUACACCCUUGUUCUGAACCCAGAUAAUAGCUACGAAAUAUUUAUUGACCAAUCCAGCGUUAGCAAAGGAAGCUUGCUGACUGACGUGAUUCCACCAGUGAACCCGCCUAAAGAGAUCGAUGAUCCCAAGGACUCCAAACCAGAUGACUGGGAUGAGAGAGCAAAGAUUCCUGACCCAGAAGCAGUCAAGCCUGAUGAUUGGGAUGAGGAUGCUCCAGCGGUGGUGCCAGAUCCUGAUGCAGUGAAGCCGGACGGUUGGCUGGAUGAUGAAGCAGAAUUUGUACCAGACCCUACAGCGAAUAAGCCAGAUGACUGGGAUGAGGAGAUGGAUGGUGAGUGGGAGGCUCCUCAGGUGCCAAACCCAGCGUGCAAGACUGCCCCUGGGUGUGGGGAGUGGAAACCCCCCACCAUCAAUAACCCCCUGUACAAGGGCAAGUGGAAGGCCCCACUCAUAGAUAACCCCAACUACCAGGGCGUGUGGAGUCCUCGUAAGAUUUUGAAUCCAGACUAUUUUGAGGAUCUGGAGCCGUUUAAGAUGACUUCAUUCCGGGCUGUGGGGCUGGAGCUGUGGUCCAUGACUUCUGACAUUUACUUUGACAACUUCAUCAUCACUGCUGACAAAGAGGUAGCAGACCGCUGGGCUGCAGACAGCUGGGGGCUCAAGAAACUGGUGGCCAGUGCCAAUGAGCCAGGGGUGUUCAGUCAGCUGACACUGGCAGCAGAGGAGAGGCCGUGGCUGUGGGUGAUUUAUAUCCUGACUGUGGGGUUGCCUAUUGGUCUGGGUGUGCUCUUCUGCUGGCCUAAGAAGUCUGAUGACGAUUACAUCUACAAGAAAAUCGACCCGUCCAAAACCGAGGAUGUAGAAGAAGAGGAGGAAGAAGAAGAAGUGGAAGAGGAGGAGCAGGAGAAAGGAAAGCAAGAAGACCAAGGCAUAGCAGAAGAGAUUGCUGAACCUACUGGAGAGAAGGAGAGCAGGACUGAGGAUGAAGUUGAAGCUACUGGAGGAGAUGCUGCUGCAGAGGAGGAGGAGGAAGAGGAGGAGGAGGCUAGCAAGUCAAAUGACACUCCUUCAGAUGAUGAGAUGAAGGAUGCUGAUGAGGGGAUUCAGAAUGCUGGAGAGGGACAUAAACAGGCUGUGAGAAAAAGGAGAGUACGGAAAGACUGAAGGGCCUUUUUCCGUCUUUGUCCCUCGUUUUCUCCCCUUUUCUCCUUUUCUCGUCCUCCCUGCCUUUCUAAAUGCUGCAUGCCCCCGACUUUGCGAAGUCAACAAGUCCUGUCCUUCACUGGAGCUCUUUCUCCUCCUGCUCUUUCCAGUCUUCCUCUCCACCACUAGUUCUUACUGGUUAUUUCUCAGAUUUAGCUCUACCAGUCAAAACUCUGCUGUACUUCCUCUCGAGGUAUUUUGAAGGAGUAGCAUUGAGGCCAGUUGUUACUAUUGCUAUUGCUAGCUUAAGUACUGUGAUAUAAGGGGGGGGGUCUUUUAGAACACACCUCGGAUAAAAUUUCAUUAUUUCAAGAAAUUGUUCUUUAACUUAUUUAAAAUGAAUCCGUUUUUUUCUGUUUUAAGUUAUGUUUUAAUGUUGAUCAAAAAAGCGCACUGAAUAUAUUUAUUGUUUGUAUAUUGUUUGAAAAUGAAGAAGUUGAGUUUGAUGUAGGACAUGAAGAUCUUGCUUUUUAGCGUGUUGUUUCUUCUCAGAUUAUGCUGAAGGAGAGACUGGCUUGCGGGAUCUGAAUCUGUAUUCACACAGCAUCUGAAGACCGUUUAGUUUGGCAGUCAACGUAUGUAAACAUACGACACGUUCUUUUCCCCUUCGAUUCUAAACAGACUUGUUUUCUCCACGUUUCCUCACUGCUGCAGCCAUUCCAGCAAAAAGGGGAAUUCUCUGUGAAGCAUCUAAACCCACAAAUCUGAGGUGAAGAAGAGAAAGCAGAGAGGAUUGGAGCUUUUCGGAUUUAAUUUCGGUUUCGAGUUCGUAAUUAGUUUUGGUGCUCUGGAUGCUUUGUGAUUACAGCCUCAGUAGUAACUCUGCAGCAGCAGCACCUCGCGGGACGCUUACUGCGAACCCUCGUCUCAAACGAGGUCGAUUCAUGCGUAGGAAAUUUUCAGCUUUGAGAACAAACAUCUGUUGAGCAAUGUACACCGUUUUUGUUUUUCUGCUUUUCUAGUUCAUGUUUUUGCCGCACAACAAGGGCAGCUUGUUUACAUAUGUUUGUAUAUUGUACAUUGCUCUUGGAAAUAAACAUUUAAUACAAAACCUCAGUAUGUGCACACAGACUAAUGCAAAAGCAAAAACAAUUUUAUUAACACAAAGGUUAAAGGCAUAAUAGUAAAUAGUACAAUUUUACACACAAGGCGGUUAUCUACAUUGGAUGUGUGCAGGCUUAAGUUGCAUACCUGAAGGGAAAAACGUUAAUAUACAGUAUUAAAAUAUAUCAAAAUAAAUAACAUUACAGUAUAUGAUCAUUCCCUUGUAACAAAGCCGGAUCAUUCGUCUUUCACAGGCUGAAUUCUUGAGUGUUUCUGAGGAAAUGUAAAGUUUUGCAGACAGCAGUCUAAUAUUUAUAUUUCUGCAUAUCCAAGAAAUGUUCUUUUUUUUUAUCUCUGACCCUGUGGAUCUGUUUUAUUGCCAUAUAGUUCUUUUCCAAUUUCUUCUCACCGGGUGAGACUUUGGUACUGAGGUCGUGACUGAGUGAGUAACACUGAAGAUUCACUCAGAUUUAUGUAAAGCAUUUCUUGUCUAUGCCUUAUAAGGUGCAGGUGACAGUAACUGACAUUGGAGACUUUUCAUAAAUGAACUACAGCCAUCUGAACCACUCACAGAUCAAUAUUAGUCCUUUUUUUUUUUUUUCUUGCAGUAAAAUCCAGACAUUCCCUUUAUUACCUACCUUCUCCAAGCCCAUCUGUUCUUUCACUUUUUUUUUUCCCCAAACUAAAAAAAAUGUAUGGUUGUACUCGUGUAAGCUGCUGAUUGCCUCUUGCCAAUACGGUUCUUAGACUUGUCCAUUAAGUCCAGUUCUAAACAGCUUUAGUGUUAAAUAAAGAAAUGUAGAAGGUCAUGUAACAUUGUAUGAUUUAUCACUCAUUACUUCACCCACCCUGGCCAUCAGUAUCAGCUUUUAAAUGUCAUGCAUAUUCUCUCUGGAAUAAAUUACAGGACCUCAUGCACUCGGAUAAGAACGGAUCACUUCUGUGCUUCAUUCUGCAUCGUUUUACUCUUGUGUAUCCGUGACAA